ACGAAGCAUCGCUUUCACAACAUUGCCCCAUUCGAAGCGAAUGAUCACAUUUCGCCCAUAAAUAUAACGUGUGAUUUGUUGACAAUAAAGUCUAAGUAACCGAUGACGUUACUGAAUCUGUACAUAACAACUGCUCCUACCAGUGUAAUGGUGGGACAGACGAGAAAAAAGGGACACGGUUUGUCGAUGGCUACAGUAAAGGAAGAUGAGCAGCUGUUGAGUGACUUUGACAAACUACGCUUAGAGAAGGAGGAACACAUUGUCUUGAAGAAUGUGGACCAAACGUUUGACUUCCCGUAUUUGACUGACUUAAGAACAGUAAAGCAUGUCAAGGAGAGCAAGGUGAUGUUCUUGUUGCGUGGUUUACCUGGAUCAGGCAAGACUACAAUUGUUUCCAAACUCCAGUAUGUUUAUCCAAGUUCAGUGAAGUGUUCUGCAGAUGACUUUUUCUUUGUCAAAGGUGGAUACAGAUUUGAUGCUGCACGUUUAAAGGAUGCUCAUCAAUGGUGCCAGGGGAAGGCACAGCAUGCCUGUGAGUCAGGUGCUCCAGUUGUUAUCAUUGACAACACAAAUGUGCAACACUGGGAAAUGCAUUUCUAUACAAAUUUAGCUCAUCGGACAAACUACACAGUUAUUACAGUUAUUCCGAAAACAUCUUGGCGUUUUAGUCCUGAUGUACUAGCAAGGAGGAAUAAGCAUGGUGUCAGUGAAGAUAUUCUAAGAGAAAAGCUUCAUCAGUUUGAGAACAAGGCACCAGUUUACUAUGGCUGGUUCUUGACAGAGGAAGCAAGUAAAGAUGUACGGUUCAUAGCUAAACACCUGUUUGAAGAGUGUCAGAAGUGUUUUCCUGAUUACUCCAGGUCUAUUCUGGACACCUAUACUCCUACAAAAUAUCAAAAGCCUUCACAAGUGAAUGAGAAAGGCCAACUAGAGCUACACUUUCCAUGGAAGUCUGCUGAACUUCUGCACUGUACGUCCAAGUUCUGCAACAAGGGGAGAGCACUGCAUGCUUCUGAGUACCACAGCAGACAGGAUGUUGCUGACAAUGUUGGAAAAGCCUUCAGGCUGGAGAUAGUCGGCUUCACCUUCUCACAGAACACAGUAGCAGGAAGAAUAUGUCUGAACGAAGAGCAACGUGCACUCUUUGACAAACCAGAAGAGAAAGAAAGAGAUGAUGUUAUAGCCAGGAAUAAAGCUGUGAAUGCAAGGUUAGCACAUUUGUCAAGAUAUCACACAGGGAUUAACAAUAAAAAACCCUCUUCUGCAGCUCUGACAUCAAAAUCAGCUUCCCUUCCCCCACCUGAGGGGUUCGGACGAAGCGCUCACUUGACUGUUUGUUGUUCAGAGGGUGUGAGAAACAAUCAUGCUAUAUAUGAUCUGUUGGACAUUUGUGACAAGGAGAGCGCUGGUGAGGUGGGUCACCGCAUGAGAGUUACCGGUGGUGAGGCCAUGUAUCUUGGGGAGGGGUUCUGUGUUGUCUAUCUGUACAGACCAAUAUAUGUGACAACACUCUUCUCUCCAUAUCAUGUUUAAGCAUGUGGAAGCAUUGUCUUUCUUAUACUCCACGGCAGCACUUCAUUUACUUCGGGUUUAAGAAAAUGUAUCAGAGCCAGUCAAAGCCAUAAAUUAACCCAGGGUUUACACAAUGCACAAAUGUGCGUCCAUUUCAAGGGACGCACAAUAACAUUCAUUGUACCUACAGCGCAUCAAUAGAGGUUGUCACGCGAGUGUGUUUGGGGAUGGUAACUAAAUAUCCUGCAUUAGGAAUAAACAUUGUAUUUAGCGAGCCUUGGCGCGCAUUAAUAUUU